AUGAGCAGCAGCGAAGUACACACCCUCUAUCCUGCCACCGGCAGGUUGUGCUUGAUAAAUCCAAUGGCACUUAACAUGUCCGCCGGUGCCAAUACCAGCAUCAGAAAGAGUGUAAACCAGGCUAUCACCAUGUCUGAUUCAUCCUGCACGACAGUCCUCUCACCACCACCCCAACCAUCGCUAUCACCAUUGCCGCUUGAAAUACUGCCAGAACCACCUUUGCAACCAGCACCUCAGAUUCCGCUCACCGCUUCUGUGCCAGCAACUGUAUCCUCGUCCCAGUCAGUCACUUCAAUCAGAUUGACUCGUCCUGCUGCCAACGAAUCGGCCGGCUAUAGAAUCGCUAACACGACUAUAGCAAGGCCGGCCAGACGCCCGUCGUCACCAGAUGGCUACCGGGGUGACAUUAAAAGCAGGGAUUCUGCUGGGUCCUAUUCUGUGACAUCGUCGCCGCCUUCGUCCGUAGCAGCCUCUCCACCGACUAGUUAUUCCUCAGCCGUCACGGAUGACGCAGGUGAUGAAGAGUAUGAUGUGGAAGCUGAAGAAGAGGGAUAUAUUGGUAGUUCUCCACAAGACCAGUGUGCCGGUGGGGAGGAUCUAGGUCAGACUAAGCCAAGAGAAUUUGUGCUUGGAGAAACG